CAGGCAGCCGAUCUCGCUCUUGAUUUGUGAGUGUCAUGCUGUUGGAGGCAGCAGCGAGUGCUCACAGUAAGAUAAGUCCUGGAGCAGCAGCAGACUUUACAUGAGCGUUUUUGUGUUAUCUGGAUCAAUGAGAGUGCCGUUAAACUGUCUGACAUCUGUGAGUUGCUGGUGCUAAAACAUCAGGAUGGCCUCUGACAUCACACUCGGAACCUCAAACUUCACACCAAAUAAUAAUUACCUCCAAAACACGACUUGUGACACCCUGUACGACCAUCGCCAGUAUGCCCGGGUCCUCAUGCCUCUGCUGUACUGCAUCGUGUUCUUUGUGGGGCUGCUGGGAAACUGCCUCGCCCUCCACGUCAUCCGCCUCAAUGCGAAGAAGAUCAACUCCACCACCUUGUACUCUCUCAAUCUAGUCAUCUCGGACAUCCUCUUCACCCUGUCUCUGCCUGUCAGGAUAGUCUACUAUGCUCAGGGCUUCCACUGGACUCUGGGGGAGGCCAUGUGCAAGAUCUCCGGCAUCAUCUUCUACAUGAACACCUACGCCGGCGUCAACUUCAUGACCUGCCUCAGCGUGGAUCGUUUCAUCGCCGUGGUCUUGCCGCUUCGCUUCGCCCGACUCAGGAAAGUCAGUAACGUGCGGUAUAUUUGUGUUGGCGUGUGGGUGCUGGUCCUGGCUCAGACCUUACCGCUGCUGAGCAUGGAACUGAGCAACAAGGAGAAGGAUGGCUACAUCACCUGCAUGGAAUACCCACGCUUAGACCAGCUGGAUAAUAUUGCCACCAUGCUCAUCGGCGCGGUCUUCCUGGGUUACGUCAUCCCUGUGAUCACCAUCUUGGUCUGUUACUCAGUCUUGUGCUUCAAGCUGCGCCUAACAGCCAAAACCAACCAUCUGACGGAAAAAUCCGGCCGCAGUCGCAAAGCCAUCGGCGUCAUCUGCUGCGUGUCUCUGGUGUUUGUGGUGUGCUACAGCCCCUACCACAUCGACAUCCUGCAGUACAUGAUUCGCAAGCUGGUUUCCAGUCCCGACUGUGCAGACCUCACCGCCUUCCAGGUGUCGCUGCACAUCACCGUGUGCCUGAUGAACCUGAACUCCUGCCUGGACCCGUUCAUCUACUUCUUUGCAUGUAAGGGCUACAAAAGGAAACUCUUGAAGAUACUGAAGAUGCACGUCAGCAUCUCCUUCUCCAGUGCGGUGAGGAUGUCGCCCGAUGGCUCCUCCAAGGACUUUGUAGACGGCAACAAGAUCCAACUCCACAGCUCCACGGUGGUGGCGACAAGCGAGCGAGCAUCAGACAGGAGAUUAUACUGAGCAGAGUCAAGCAGAGAACAACUCAAGAGAACUUUGAUGUCUCCACUCGAGCAGUGCCUCACAGUCACUCCAGCUGGAAUGAACUGGAAUUCAAUGGGACUACUCUGUUUAACCUGUUUUGAAUGGUAAAUUCACCUACUUUUUUAUUUUCUGUUUGAAUUUUGUGGACUGUAGUGAUGUCAGAACAAGCCGUUUCUUCAAAAAGCAAUGAAAGUCUGGCAUUUGAACCUUCAAACCACAAGCCUUUCACACUCUCUUUGUUGCGUCAAAGAACUCAACUCUGACCUGAAUUUUUGUCCAGACUUGGAUCAGCCAGCAGACACAGUAUUAUGAACCAAGACUGAGUCUUAGGUGUUUUCUUGGAGUUUCAUUUCAGCCCACAGGUGUUAACUCUGAGGAAAACAGAACCCAAAGUCACACUUCCUGUAACACAAAUACCAGGUUAAAAUGGGAGCAAAAAUUAAUGUGUUUUUCACCUUGUUAACAUGUAAGUUUGUAUUUCUUUGUACAUGAAAAGGAACCAAUUAUCUUUUGUAGUAGGUUUAUGUAAAAACUUUUAUUUUUAUCUUUUUUUUCUUAUUCAGGAGAUUUUUUUUUAUUAUUUUUUUUUAUCAAACUCAAAAUUGGGACAGAUCUUUUUUUGGCAAUGUACUUCCAAACCAAUGAUCAACCUCCGUUUGAUGGUUGUGCUUAUUAUCAUUAUUAUUUUUAAUUUAUUUAUAAGGAGCAAACAGUUCUCAUGUUUGUAGUACCUCAGAUCAGCCGUGGAUGAAUCCUGAUUAUUUUGCUGAUUAUUCAGAAAAAUGAGAUGACACAAAGCAAAGGUGUUAAAAAGUUGAUCUAUUUGUUUUCCACAUGUAGAUGACUGCUGUCAUCUGCAUUCAUGAUCAAGCCAGUUAUUUUUUCAAAAAAAAAAAAGACAACAGGUGGUGGCAAAAAAAUCUUGAAGAUCUUGCCAAAGCUUCCCCAUUGUCCAUUGUGCGGUGGCAGUUGUAUAUGUAUUCGUAGCAAUAAAGGGAUAGGCUUAAAUAAGCAUUUGCAUCUGCCUAUCCCCUUUUCAAACAUGUAUUUAUUGAAUUUGACUGUUCUUUUAUAAAAGGCGACUGCAUUGAUUUUUUUUUUUUUAAGUAAUUGUUUUUGUAAUAUUGUAUGUGUUAGAAAUAUGUAUAUGUGUAUACAUAUUGUCUUUGAUAUGACUCAGUUAUGGAUUUGAACUAACAAACUUCCAUUCUCAGGACAGACAUUUAACCAUAAUGCCACUGAGGUGGUUAGGAUACAAAUUUACUUGUUUUUUUUUUGUUUUUUUAUUAUUAUUAAUUUGUAUAGAAUCAGCAGAGUUUUAGACUUUUUUAGUCAGGUUGUCACUCCGAGGGCACAGUGGGUAGCACUUUUCAACAACCCAACGUUUAGCUUGACAAUGGCAACAGUUGUAUACUUCACAUGAAAAUUCCUUUUUAUUUUACUUCUAUGAGCCUCAAGCUAUGCUGUACAGCCACACCCGUGGUUCCAGUUGUAAAUAUCACUUGAAUAAAUGUGUUGAGACCUGGAA